AUGGAUUCUGAACCAGCUGCUAAGAAGAUUCGUCUGCCAAAGAAAGCCGAAAAAGUCAAGAAUAAGGUGAGUUUUAUUUUUCUUGAAUGGAACGUCUUGUUUAGGCAGCAGCUCCGUUGCAAAUUACAGCUGAGCAACUUCUCAGAGAAGCCAAGGAAAGAGAGUUGGAAAUCGCCCCUCAACCGCCCAAAGUUAAUGUCACAGAUCCAGAAGAAUUGGCCGAGUUUCAGAGGAAGAAGAGAAAGGAGUUUGAAGAUAAUAUCCGAAAGAAUCGAAUGCAAAUAGCGAAUUGGGUCAAAUAUGCCAAAUGGGAGGAGAGUAUUGGAGAGAUUCAGAGAGCCAGAUCAGUCUUCGAAAGGGGCCUGGAUGUAGAUCAUCGGAGCAUCACUUUAUGGCUUCAAUACGCUGAGAUGGAGAUGAGGUAGGAUGCUCGAUUUUAGAGCUUACGUUUAAUUCUAGGAAUCGUCAAAUUAACCAUGCCCGAAAUAUCUGGGACAGAGCAGUCACAAUACUACCACGUGCUACUCAAUUCUGGCUGAAAUAUUCGUAUAUGGAAGAACUGGUUGAGAAUGUGCCUGGUGCUAGACAAGUCUUUGAACGAUGGAUGGAAUGGGAACCCAACGAGCAAGCAUGGAGAACUUAUAUUAAUUUUGAAGUUCGUUACAAAGAAAUUGACAGAGCCAGAGAGAUUUAUCAGAGAUUCCUUCAUGUUCAUGGUCAUGAUUUCACAAAUUGGAUUGCUUAUGCCAAAUUUGAAGAGAGAUACGAUUACAUUGAAAAUUCUCGAAAUGUAAUUCGGUUUGUUUCUAAUUUUUUUAACCUGGUUUAUUGUUCUUAACAUUUUGUUUUAGGUAUAUGAGCAAGCUGUCGAGUUUUUUGAAGGGGAUCUGGAUGAGAAGUUGUUAAUAGCGUUUGCUCAGUUUGAAGAGCGACAAAAAGAGAUGGAAAGGGCAAGGGCGAUAUAUCAGUAUGGGCUUGAUCAUCUCCCCAAUGAGAGAACUGCAGAACUCUUCAAAUGCUUGAAUCUUCAUGAAAAAAAGUAUGGAUCUCAAAUGAGAAUUGAGAGUGUUCUCUUCUCAAAGAGGAAGCAUCAAUACGAACAGGUAUGGCUUAGGUUUUUUAGAUAACACUUAUUUUUUUUAGUUAGUAAAGGAGAAUCCUCUUAAUUAUGACAAUUGGUUCGAUUAUCUCAAACUCUUGAUGAACGAGAAUCUCGAGAGGGAGGUAGUGGAGGACACUUUUGAACGGGCAAUUGCCAAUAUUCCCCCAUAUCAAGAGAAAACUUACUGGAGACGUUACAUAUGGUUGUGGCUAUACUACGCAGUCUAUGAAGAAUUACAUGCCAAGGAUUCCGAGAAGACUCGGCAAGUCUACAAAGCUGCUCUAGAUAUUAUUCCUCAUCGCCAAUUUACUUUUGCUAAAGUAUGGAUUAUGUUAGCUCACUUUGAAUUACGACAAUUAGAAGUUACUGCAGCUAGAAAAGUCAUGGUAUGUGUGAUAUUGGUUUGUUUUAUUUUUAUGGCUUUUUCUAUGGGUUGGUUCCAGGGAACUGCUCUCGGUGUUUGUCGGCCAAAGAAGAAGAUCUACAAGGCCUACAUUGAGAUGGAAAUCAAUCUCAGAGAGUUCGAUCGAUGUCGGAAGCUCUAUGAAAAGUUUUUAUCACACUUUGAGACUGAUAGUCUGGUAUGGAGAGAGUAUUCACGACUCGAGAAUCAGCUGGGUGAAGUGGAUCGAGCCCGGGGAAUAUUGGAAUUGGGUAUCCAACAAGAAGAUCUGGACAUCCCCGAGGUUCUCUGGAAGGCCUUCAUUGACUUUGAGAUCGAACAAGAACAAUAUGAGAGGGUGCGACAGUUAUACGAAGUACUUUUGGGGAGAACCAAUCACAUUAAGGUAAGAGCAGCGAUCGCCGGCUGAUUCGUUUUAGGUGUGGCUAAGCUGGACGGCGUUCGAGGUCGGAAUAAAUGAGGUUGAGAAAGCGAGGGGAGUGUUCGAAAGGGCGAACAAGGCUUUGGAGGGGAAUGGAGCAGAAGAAAGACUCAUGUUGCUCGAGAAUUGGAAGGAAUUUGAGGUUGAACAUGGAGAUCAGGAGACUCAAGAAACUGUCCAGAAAUACAUGCCCAAGAAAGUGAAGAAGAGAAGACAAUUACACACGGCUGAUGGAGCUGAUGCGGGUGUGGAAGAAUACUUUGAUUACAUAUUCCCGCAGGACUCAAUGCUCAGAAUGAGUCGGAAAUUGUUUGAAGCCGCAAAAUUAUAUAAACAAAGGACGGCACAGAUCAAUCAGACGGAUGAGGAUACGCUGGAUAAAGAUGCUGAACGUCCAAGUACAACGGCAAAUGAAGGACAAGAGAAAGAAAAAGAAGAGGAAGAAGGGGAGAAUGAAGAGAAAAAAGAUGAAGGGGCUCAAGAUGACGAUGAUUCCAGCAGUUCUGAUGAACAUGAUCGCCCUGCACAGAGGAGGGAGCGGAAAAGUGAUAGCUAG